AUUGCUUCUUCAAACACGAUCUUCAAAGACUUGAACUGAAUUCAUUUUGCUGCAUUCUCUAUGUCAAACAGUUUCCUUAGCAUUCUAUUGGGAGCAUUGCUAUUUGGACCCAAUUCUGUGUAAUGCUAAUUGCCCCUUUAUUGUCAUUGAAGUCAGUGGCACUUCUUACGUAAGUAAAGGUAAAUAGGAUUAGACCCUUAAUUUGACAUUGUGGCCUUUCUACAUUUACAUUUGUAUGUCCCCUCUCUUUGAGCUUUUGCACUGACAUAAUUUUACCAUCAUCUAGUCAAUUAUUGAAUAAUAAUAAAAAAAAGUGGGUUGUUUGCCAGGUUCCAGCCUAAUGUGGAAAUUAAAUAGCCAAGAGAUUAAACCCCAAGGAUCUACAUUUAUAAUGGAAAAAGCUGUUCAGACUUUUAACUCUAGCUGUGCAGUUGAUUUUUCUGUAAGAAACUUUACAUUUGCAAGUUACUAACAAAUGUACGAGCCCUUUGUUAGAGACUAGUUAAUUGUUCGUAUAAUGUGGGCCACAGUUGUUGGUUGUGGUGACAAAAAGGGGGGAGUAGGUUUUUUUAAUGAAUCUGCCUUUGCACAUCCAGAUGGCUCCCUAAGGGCUUUGUUAGUGAUACUGACUGUACAAAAAUGCACAUGAUCCUGAGCUGUGCAAAGCAUGAGCUUGACAAAGCUUGUGCAGGUGUAGUGGGAAGGGAGACAAAGGUGUCUAAGUCACCUUUUAUGUCCUCCUUGAUCAUCUGUCCAACAAUGGCUAAGAUCAGUCAGAAUGCAAUGGACUUGUCUCUGAUCGUCCCUGAUGUGCCGCCUGUGCGGAGGGUAGGAGAGCCAGCGACAAUGACUUCAGAACACCUGAGGAUUCCCAUUGGCAAGGUGACUUUUUGGGUGUUCCUUUAGGACCAUGGGGGGAAAAUCUGAUGCUUAAAGUAUGUAUAAAUUACUUCUCUCUGCACUGAAGUGCCAUUAUAUACCGAAGGGUUAAAGUGUGACAACUGUUUAAGAGUGAACAGCAACAACAUAAUAGACCAAUUCAGGAGUUAUACUGCAGAAUUUCUGAAUGUUCUACUCCCUCAACAGGCAUGGAACUUCCCUUUGUCAAUGGGUAGUUCCAUAUGGGUAAAGAAAACAGAAAGGCUUGGAAGAGAGCAGCCAUGUGGAGAAUUGAGUAUUUACAUUAUUGUGCAGUGUGUGGAGCUUUUGCUCUUUAAACAGUGGCAUGCUUUACUCCAGAAGUGAAAAAUACUGUAGCCAGUUGCAAAAAUAGGGGAAAUUGGGGUAGGCAAAGAAUGUAUUAAUUACAUACAUUGGAAUUUUAGUAGGACCCUUGACUCACCAUCUUUUGAAUAUCAGCUGCUGAAAUUAAAGCAAUGCAGGAAAAGUUGUGUUCUGGUGCAAAUGUGUAUGUGGUUAGUUGGAUCUAAAUGGUUACAAAGGGGUUCUCUGUUAGUGAGGGGGAGGGGACAGUGAGAAUGCAUUCCCAAAAAAGUACAUUCCCAAAAUAAGCAGCUUACAUCAUAGACCUCUUCAGUUUUCCCACACUUCUUUUCUAAUUAUUGUGCUGCAGGACAGCUGAUCUAUUUCAAACAGGAAGUUGUUUACAGAUAACACUUGCAACUGUUCUGUCUGAUUUGUUGAACUGUCCAAAAGCAAAAGACAACAUCUUUUCAAAUUAAAAACUGUCAGAUUUCUGUAAACAGCAGCAUGAGGGUCAUCUGUGCAAUUUCCCUGCAGGCAGAGUGUGCUCUGCAGUCCCCAUUUUCUCAGCAAUCAUAAGGAGUCAGUGACCUGCAAGGGCUCAUUAUGAAGAGAGAUCUGUUUUUUCUGGUGACUCUAAUGAGCCUUGCCUUCCUGUCACUGUUAAGAUCUGGAUAUCCUCAACAUAUUGCAGAAGAGUCCUGCUCUGUUCAGAUUCUUGUUCCAGGCCUCAAAGGGGAGGCUGGAGAAAAAGGGGAGAAAGGUGCUCCAGGGCGGCCGGGGAGAGUUGGACCUUCAGGAGAAAAAGGGGAAAUGGGGGACAAAGGACAGAAGGGCAGUGUGGGUCGACAUGGAAAAAUUGGUCCCAUCGGUUCAAAAGGUGAAAAGGGAGAUAAUGGGGAUAUAGGGCCACCUGGUCCUAAUGGAGACCCAGGCAUCCCUUGUGAAUGCAGCCAGCUAAGGAAGGCUAUUGGGGAAAUGGAUAUCCAAGUGGCCCAGCUGACAACUGAAUUAAAAUUCAUAAAAAAUGCACUGCCCUCCCCCGCAGCUGUCGCUGGUGUGCGUGAGACAGAUAAUAAGAUAUACCUACUGGUGAAAGAAGAGAAAAGAUAUGUGGAUGCCCAGCUCUACUGCCAUGGAAGAGGAGGAACACUGACCAUGCCCAAGGAUGAGAAUACCAAUAGUCUGAUUGCUUCUUACAUCAAUCAAGCAGGGCUCACCAGAGUUUUCAUUGGGAUCAACGACCUGGAAAAAGAGGGCAAUUUUGUGUAUUCUGAUCGAUCACCCAUGCAGACCUUCAACAAAUGGCGCAGCGGCGAACCCAAUAAUGCCUAUGAUGAGGAGGACUGUGUGGAAAUGGUGGCCUCUGGUGGAUGGAAUGAUGUUGCCUGUCACAUUACAAUGUAUUUUGUAUGUGAAUUUGACAAAGAAAAUGUGUGAGGAUGUCUGCUCUGUCCCCCUCCCCCGUUUGAAGCAGAUUGUAUAACUUACCCCUUGUUUAUAAAGUACUAGUUAUAUUUUACAAGUAUAUAACAUCAGUGUUGUACAGCUGUAAAUAUAAUUAGGUAUUUCAAAUAUCAAUAUUUACCCUUCAGAAGGGAAGAGCAGAGUUAAAUAAGACAUAGUUUGUCUUGCCCUAAGAAAAUAUGUAUCUAGAUAAGGUCCAUAUUCUGCCCUCACUGCAAUUAAUGAAUGAGAUUGCAUGACAGCAAUGGAGGGCAGAAUUUGGCUCUUUGUUGUUAUAAUGUUGUUUCUGAAGACGUAGAUUCUUGAUAUUGUUUUAUCUUAACAACUUUUUUAAUUGUUAAUGUUAAUUGCUCAUACUGGUUUACAAAGAUGACAUUUCUGGCUAUUUCAAGCCAUAAGGAAAAGCUUUUGUAUCCUCGAGCUACUUAAUACAACUAUUGCAAUAGGGUUCUGAAUGGGCAGGCUUUGUACCUGUUUCUGUGACACAUACACAAGCAAACCAACCAUAUCAGUUCUACCACUUUUGUAACAUCUUCUUAUUAAACUGUUUGCAAAUAACAACACAGAGACACACUUCAGUGAGCGAACUCAUUUACACUGCUUUGGGGAGUCUAAAUGGCUCAGAAUUCAGUACUAGACGGGGAGAAGCCAACUUUGUGUUUCUUCAGAAAAUGCAGUGCCAGGUUCUGUUUGUUUUACACAUUGUUUAACUGAGGGUGGGACUGUGCAUAAACUAUUUGAGUGAAAAAAGAAUUUGCCAAAGGAAGCCAGAGCCUGUUCUCUAAAGUUGUAUUUGAGCCCUGCUGGAACACCCUUGGAUGGCAUUCCAGCACUUUUUUGGGGAGCUGAAAUGGCAUUUUAUGGCCCUUCAGAGACUUGCAUUCUGGCACUUCAUGAGUGCAGCACUCACUAGUCUAUUUUUGCUUAAGAUAUUCGUGAUUGAUAUUUUUGGUUACAAAACACAAGGAGGGCUUCCUGAGUACAUCAUGAGUCUCACAAAAUCUUUGUUGUCCAACAGUUCCUUUCACUGGGACAAAUGCUGAAGUCUUCACUUAGCUUUCACUCUGUCCUUAACUUAAUGUCAGCGGAAGAUUGGCCUUGGUAAGGACUCUAAAAAGGGCCAAAUUCUCUGCAGGCAUAAAUGAACACAGCUCCAUUGACUUCAAUGGAUUUCAUUCAUUUGUCCCAGCAGAGAAUUUAUCUCUGAGUAAGGACUUCAGGAAUUGGUCCUUUAUUUUGUUUUUGUGAUUACUACUCUUCCUUGCUACUCUUCAUGGCUAUAUCUUCUCAAAUAAAAUCUUAUUUAUUUAAAAAAAAAUUCAGAACCCCUAUAGGGAUAUAGUUCCAAAGGAAUGCAGUAAGUCAUUUUGCCCCACUUAUUUGUGUAUCCAAUUCACAACUGCAUGUGACUGAAAAAUGUGGUAUAUUUUUGAAGGGUAUAACUGGACAAAAAGAGUUAUGAAUAUUGGAUAUUUGUAGUGGCCUGUUGCAAUUCCUCUCGUCUUUUAGUCAACUGCUCUACAUAUGAAGGUCACUGGGAAACCUCUGUCUAUUGUGUUUUUCAGACAGUGUGGUUAUACAAUGUUUUAAAUAUGUUUUAAGGGUAAACAACACUAAAUAUGAAACAAUCACAAAGCAUGUAUGAUCAAUCUGGAAGAAAUAUCUAGAAGAAACUCAAACCAGGCUUGGCGUGUGAUUUCAGAUAGCUUCCACAUAUUAGGCAAGACCAAAUUAAUAAGCUACCGUACAGUGCUACAGUUAAUGGAAGAUUACUGACCAUAGGACUUUUGCUUAGUUCCUCAAAGCAUGACAACAUUUGAAAUUACAUGUUAAUUUUAUUCUCAAGGAAAUAAACAAUUUCAUCCUGGCAUGCUAA